ACCAUGACCCAGCGAUCCUCUGUCACCAUCAAGUCAGGGGGCACUCGGAACUUCAGUGCUUCCUCAGCCAGCCUCCUCCCAGGCUGCCGGCCCAGCUUCAGCUCCUUCUCUGUGUCCCAGGGUGGGAAGAGCUUUGGGGGUGGCUUCGGGGGCGGUUUUGGUACCAGGAGCCUCCACAGCUUUGGGGUUAACAAGAGAAUCUCCAUCAGCGGCGGAUCCCGCUCCAGCCGGGCCAGCUUCGGGGGUGCUGGCUAUGGGCUGGGUCUCGGGGGCAUAGGGUACAGGGUCGGGGGGGCCUGCAGUGGCUAUAGAUUUGGAGGUGGGAUGAUGCCUGGCGCUGGGGGCAUCCAAGAGGUCACUGUCAACCAGAGACUCCUGACUCCCCUCCACCUGGAGAUCGAUCCAUCACUCCAGCAGGUGCGGAAGGAGGAGAAGGAGCAGAUCAAGACCCUCAACAACAAGUUUGCCUCCUUCAUUGACAAGGUGAGGUUCCUGGAGCAGCAGAAUAAGGUCUUGGAGACCAAGUGGAGCCUCCUGCAGGAGCAUAAAACUGCCAGGGCCAACCUCGAGCCCAUAUUUGAAAACUACAUCAGCAACCUGAGGCGGCAGCUGGACAGCCUCGGGGGAGAGCACUCGAGGCUGGAGAUGGAGCUGAAGAGCAUGCAGGAGGUGGUGGAGGACUUCAAGAACAAGUACGAAGAAGAAAUCAACAGGCGCACAGCUGCGGAGAAUGAGUUUGUGGUGCUCAAGAAGGACGUGGACGCCGCUUACAUGAACAAGGUGGAGCUGGAGGCCAAGGUGGAGGCCUUAAUGGAUGAGAUCAACUUCCUGAGGGCUUUCUACGAUGCAGAGCUGGCUCAGCUUCAGGCCCAGAUCUCCGAGACCUCCGUGGUCCUGUCCAUGGACAACAACCGCAAGCUGGACCUGGACAGCAUCAUCGCUGAGGUUAAGGCCCAGUACGAGGACAUUGUCAACCGCAGCCGGGCCGAGGCUGAGUCCUGGUACCAGAUCAAGUAUGAGGAGCUGCAGCAGUCCGCCGGCCGGCACGGGGACGACCUCCGCUCCACCAAGAUGGAACUCUCCGAGCUGAACCGGGGAAUACAAAGGCUGCGCUCUGAGACUGACAACGUGAAGAAGCAGUGUGCCACGCUCCAGGCUGCCAUGGCCGAUGCUGAGCAGCGUGGGGAGCUGGCCCUCAAGGACGCCAAGCACAAGCUGGCGGAGCUGGAGGACGCCCUGCAGAAGGCCAAGCAGGACAUGGCGAGGCAGCUGCGCGAGUACCAGGAGCUGAUGAAUGUCAAGUUGGCCCUGGACAUCGAGAUCGCCACCUACCGCAAGCUGCUGGAGGGAGAGGAGUGCAGGCUCACUGGAGAAGGUGUUGGACCCGUGAACAUCUCCGUGGUCUCUUCCUCCGGGGGCUCAGGCUACAGCGGGGGCGGCGGCCUCUGCGUGGCCGGGGGCGGCAGCAGUGGCAGCUUCAGCUCCACCAGCGGCCGCGGCAUGCGCGGCACCCGCUCCCGCGUGCGCAUCAUCUCCAAGACCUCAUCCACCAAGAGUUACAGGAGCUGA